CUCACGUACGUGUGCAUUUAAAAAAAUAUCCAUCAGUUCAAAGCUUAAAGUUAGCGAGGAAGUAUCUUUUAUUUUUUAUUCAGUCAAGUAUUGAUAUCUACUCUAAAAAUCAUGAAGUACCUGGUGUUUUUUACUGUUGUUGCGGCUUUAUUCGUUACUGGAGAAUCUCUACAAUGUCACGAGUGUAACAAGGAUAAAUGUGAUAAGGCAUCAUUGAAAACACCAGUAAAUUGUACCGCUGCAGAUAAUUUUUGUUUCAAACAAGUUGUAUCUCUAGCCGAUAAGACUACUGUCACUCAGCGCGGAUGUUAUUCUCAGGCCAAAGUAGUUGAGGGAAUCACAAACCUAACAAAUACUGUUUCAACUGAAAUAUUCUUUUGUCACAAAGAUUCUUGUAAUAGUGUAGGAACCUUCACUGCAUCAUUGUCUAUCGUGUUUGUUACUUUAAUCGCAUUGAUGUUUGCAAGCGAUAGAUGGUAAUUUAUUCAAAUUGCCACGAUAAUUAAAUUAUCAAGAAAUGUAUUCUCAAAAAAUAUUUAAAUACAUAGUAAACUAAAAAUUAAUGUUACGUAUAUUUAUACUCGGAUUAUGAUCCUAAACAAAUCGUCAAGAUUUAUUCCAUAAAAUUCUUCAUAACAAUCUAUACAUAGGUGUUCUUCGAAUAAAUAUGAAUGCAAAACUAAAGUUAAAUUUCUGUACAAGUAUAAAACAUAGCAUGCAGACUGUAUUUCCACUUAAUUAUAACUUGGAUAAACAAAUAAAUAAAUAAAUAAAUAAAUAGAAA